AGCUGCAAUGAAUAACAUUCAACAAUUGAUUAUGAUUUUAAACUCAGCAACUGAUAAACCAUCAGAUACUCUCAACAUAUAUUUCAAUAAUUGCACAGUGAACCCUAAGGAUACUAUCCUGAAAAGAGUGGAAAGUCUUGGCCACAUCUUCAAAAAUAAGUUUGCUGAAGCAGUUGGACAGGGAUGUGCUGAAAUUGGCUCACAGAGAUACAAGCUUGGAGUACGUCUGUAUUUCAGAGUAAUGGAGUCUAUGCUAAAGUCGGAGGAGGAGCGCCUCUCAGUACAGAAUUUCAGCAAACUUCUGAAUGAUAACGUCUUCCACACAUCUCUUCUGGCGUGUGCUGUUGAGGUUGUCAUGGCUACAUAUGGCAGAAAUGCUUCACAAAGUGAUGGUACCAGUGCUGAAACAGACUUGUCUUUCCCAUGGAUUCUCAAUGUAUUUGAUUUAAAAGCUUUUGACUUCUACAAGGUGAUUGAAAGCUUUAUUAAAGCGGAACCAAGCCUAACAAGGGAAAUGAUAAAGCAUCUAGAACGCUGUGAACAUCGAAUUAUGGAGUCUCUUGCUUGGCAAUCUGCUGUGGGGUUAUACACCUGGAUUCGGGGAACACUGUUGUGCCUGAGCAGCGGGAGCCCCAUCCAUGUUCAGGUUUCUAGCUCAGGAGAAGCAUGCUGGCCGCAGGGGUGUAUGGAAGCAAUUGCCGUGCUUCAGACUGAAUCUGGUGGACCGCCUUGUGCCAACCGGCUCUUGCCACUUAAUUUCCUUUGCCGACACAGGCAAUGGGUACACGUCAGGCAGUUCCCUGAAUAUGCCCUGUUAUGA